AUGGAAGUAAUGCGACCUAAAAAAGCUGUUGAAUUUCGAAAAAAAUGGCUUCAAUACAAUGCACCAAAUGCUGUUGACUACAAAUCUUUUUCACAUCUUCGUCUAAUUGAUUCGGAAAAAGGAUAUGAACGCCAAGGACGGUAUUUAUCACGUGUUUUCGGGACAAGUUGGUAUGAAUAUUGGGAAUUUUUGGAUGAUUACAUUGACUUAAGCUCUGAAGAUGGUUUGCUAGCUUUAGAAGAUUAUCUGUCUAAUUGUUCAUCACUGAACAUUGAUCAUCCAUUAAAAGAAACUACCAGUAAUGGGGAUUGCUUAGACAACAGUAAUAUUGAAGGUAGUACUCUAGCAAAUGUUUUGCAAGAUGUCAGUCAGACCGGCUGUACGCUCUCUUCAACAUUUUCACUUUUCAAUGAUAACAAUAACGAUGUAUUCGCUCCUGCAACACCUAUUAUCCGUGGAAAAUUAGUUCCUAAAGGCAACUCAACAAUUAACAGAGAAUUAUUUGCGUCAUCUAACCCUCAACGUUGGCUAUCUUAUCGUCAAGAUAAAGGUUGUAUUCAUGGAUUAAAUGAUAGUUUGGAAAAUAGCUCAGAGCAAACAAACUCAAAUGUUCAUUCUCAUGAGUAA